AUGAGACCAGCUCGACUACUACUGCCCGAUUGCCCUUUCACACGUCAGUGGCAACAGCAGCAGCAGCAGCAGCAGCAGCAGCAGCAGCAACAGCGGUUACAAGAAAAAGAGACCGUAACGCGGCAAACAUCGACUGAUGCGAAAUCUAUUAAGGACGAAAUCUGCCGUCUUUCCUUAUCGUUAUCCCGCGUCGUGGUGAAGGAGGCCACUCCGAAGUCAUCGACCACGACCACGGAGGAGGUCCACCCGCGAAGAGUGCAACGUACCGCGAGUGCCGAGUCGACGACGACGACGACGGUACUGCUGCAACGACCGUCACGGCGACGACGAUCACGACGACCACGACGACUACGUAACCCCGGCGGUGCGCUCACGUUCCCGCGUCGGUGCGGUGCGGUGGUGCGUUCAACGGGUGUCGGAUGA